AUGGCUCUUAGCUACCCAACUUUAAAAAAUGCUGAGGCUCUCAUAGCUCUUUUGGAUAUGAAAAAAAUAUUUCCAUUAGAAAAACCUGAGCCUCAAGAACUAGUAUCCUCUCCAAAUAUAACAGAAAAUGGAGAAACGAAACCAAGAAGACCGAUAAAUGCUUUUUUUAUAUUUCGACAAAACGUUAUACCUGAGGCCAGAAGAGUUGGUGUAACUAAUAUGCAACUUAUCAGCAAAGUUGCAAGUAUGCUGUGGAAAAGAGCUCCGGAAAGUGACAAGCAAAAAUACAAAAAACUUGCAGCAGAAGUCUCUGUCUUACAUCGACAAAGAUAUCCAAACUUCCGUUAUACUCAAAAUGCCUUUUCAAAUACUUAUCACGCUCCCAUUACAAUUGAUCAAUUCCGUUACAAUAAUUUCACAAGUCAGUAUUCAGAGAAUAUGAACGGAAAUCUCAAUUUGUUCUUAAGCGACACAACUUUCUUAGGAAUCCCUUUUAACGACAUAGAAUUAGACGUGUGCCCAUCAUUUUUUAAUAACCAUCAAAAUGGGCAGACCUAA